CGCGUCGGCGCUCAUAGCGCCAGCCAACAGGGACACGGAACGUAACGUAGCAUAGGAGAAGUUUCUCUAUAUACAGUGCCAGCUUGAGCCCUAAUGAAGUAGUUCAUACCAUUUGCCACAUAGGAGACGGAUCGAUUACGCGACAUAGGCCUAAUAUAGGGGAAAAACGCUUGUAUUGUUUUAGUGUAGCCUAUGGGAGCGUCUGAACAAAUAGAAAAAACUUACGCCGAAAGGAGGAAGUUAGUUAGCCGGAUUGGCUAGUUUAUUAGCAAAGCACAUUGAACGACUCCCGAGACGACAGUUUCAUCUGCCGACUGACUGCUGACUACUAAUCGCCACUUGUUCUGAGCAAGAUCGUUUUUCCCCUUCGAGUGCGAAGGGGAAUAAUAUGGAAACUGCCUUCUAUCAUGAUGAUGUGUUGAAUACUACUAGCGGAAUCACGAGUGUGCUCUCUUACUACAACAUGAUGAAGAAGGAUAUGAACCUAAAUCUGAGUGACCCAAGCUCCGACCUGAAGUCACCUCUUCGAGAAGCUGAUGGCAUCCUCAGCUCCACGGACCUCGGGCUCCUGAAGCUGGCUUCUCCUGAGCUGGAGCGACUUAUCAUUCAGUCAAACGGCAUGGUUACGACCACACCGUCGUCUCAAUUUCUGUUCCAGAAGUCUUUGAGUGACGAGCAGGAGUUCGCAGAGGGCUUCGUCAGGGCUUUGGAAGAUCUACAUAAACAGAACCAGCUGAAUGCGGGAGUGGAUGUGCCAACGAGCAGCCUAGAUCUGACGAGUAACACUGCACCCGUCACCAUUCAUCAUGAUCUACCCGUUUACACGAACCUGAACAGCUACGGUAGCGGCCCAUUGGGGACCACAGUCAAUUACUCUACGGACACUGUCCCUUUCCCACCACCCCCAUCACAUCAGCAGCACGCGCAUGCACAGCUCCCGUCCUUGAAGGAUGAACCGCAGAUCGUGCCGGACGUGCAGAGCUUUGGAGACAGCCCGCCUUUGUCGCCUAUCAACAUGGACACACAGGAGCGCAUAAAGGCGGAGAGGAAAAAGCUCCGCAACAGGAUCGCCGCGUCCAAGUGCAGAAAGCGGAAAUUGGAACGAAUUUCCAGACUGGAGGACAAAGUGAAAAUCCUGAAAACGCAAAAUACUGACCUGGCAUCCACAGCGAGUCUCCUUAGGGAGCAAGUGGCCCAACUGAAACAGAAGGUGAUGAAUCAUGUUAACAGUGGUUGCCAGUUACUACCGAAUCAAAUCCAGGCGUAUUAGAGGUGAUGCGACGGGUUUCGGUCCACAUAAGCUUUCGGACAGUUUACUGAUUGCCGAGGACUAUGCCUUUGAAGACACUAUUGAGUCACGCAGUUAUGUGUUAAUGAGGAUAUGUUUACAAUUUAUUUGAAAUCUGUUCAAAACUCACGUUCCUUCUCAGAAUUAAAAAAGAGCAAGUCACCUUUUUUAUAUUGUUUAACAUCAGCCUUGCUGAAUUACUAAACUGAGGGGUGGGGUGGGGGUGAGGGGUUGCAUGUUUUAGACAAACUCGAUGAAUACUGUCAAACUGCAGGGUGUCAUUGAGUGCAUGCCCUUAACGUUUAUUAUGCCUUAAAUGUUUACAAGCACUUAUGAACAGAUGACAAAUGUAUAUUUUCUUUAAAGUUACCUGCAGUGUCUUAUUUUAAUGUUUUCACUUUAAAUGUGAAGCAGUUAUGUGUGUAGUAAGCUUUUAUUUGCUCAGUUUAUUAAUGUCGUACUGUGUGUUGUCUCACAUUCCAGGUCUAUAUUUCUACUUGGUUAUUGUGUCCUAAAGUGUUCUCAAAUAAAUUUUGCUAAAUAAUUUCA